AGUGAAUUAGACAAACCAGCUUUCAUGGGAUUCCACAAGUUGCUCUGACUGAACCAAUCUAGAGAGAGAAAGCAAAGCUGUUUGAAAUAAUUGACGAUCUACUGAAUCAAAUCACACAAACCGGCUUUCAUGAUCCACGGGUUCCACAGGUUGCUCUCAACCAAUCUAGAGAGAGAGAGAGGCAGAGAUAGAGAGAGAAAGCAAGGUGUUUGAAUCCAAAAUCAUGAUCGGCAAGAAGAAAAGAAAAGUUAGAAUCGAGUUGAUCGACCGAAUCAGUGACUUGCCUGAUAGUAUCGUCGGUCUCAUACUCUCUUUCCUUCCCACCGAAGACGCCAUUCGAACCUCUCUCCUCUCGAAGCGAUGGAGACUCGCGUGGACUUCUCUCCCUAGUCUCUACUUCCGAUUCGACUCGACCAAAUCCAAACACAUCAUCAAUGACGAUUCCAGUUCCUUCGCAUGGUUCGUCCAUCGUGCCCUAACUCUCCGCCAGCGAUCUCCGAUCGACUCAUUCCGAUUCUCCGCGCACCUCGUCGUCGACGCAACCCUCAUCGAGGAGUGUAUACGCUACGCGAUUCAACACAACGUCAAGGAGCUCAAGCUCCGCGUUCUCAGUAAACCUAGACCGGUUCGGAUCGAUUCGGGGAUGUUGAGCCUGUGUAGGUCAUUGACAGUGCUCAAACUCACAUGCGGUAUUCGCGACAUUAUAGUUUUGCCUAAAACAUUGGGUUUGCCUGUUCUGAGGAGACUGCAUAUGAAGAAUUUUGUGUUUUCUGAGAAAAAUUAUAAUGGGGAUUUCUUCUCGAGCUGUCCGAAUCUUGAAAUUCUGGUUCUGUGCAAGUGUAUGAUGAGUCCUCCAAUUGAAUUGAAGGUUCUGAACAUACAUGUUCCUCAAUUGAAGGAGUUGGAGAUACUGCAUUGGAGAUGUCCUUGGGUCCAUUUCUAUGAACAGAGCAUUUCGGUUUCUGCACCGAGGCUCACUAGGUUGAAGUAUGAGGGUCUCAUUACGCCGCUGUGCUUUAAGCAAGAAAUGUCUUGUCUAGACAGAGUUUGUAUAGAUUUGUGCUGCCCUGGUUCUUGCGUUACCGUCAAUGAGCUUGAAAGAAAGCGAAAGACUGCAGAGAAAUUGAUUGCUAUGCUUGGAGAGCUCUCUAGCGUGAGGUCUCUUACGUUAUCCUUGAAGACGGUUGAGAUUCUGUCUUCCAUUUAUAAACUAGAAGAACGGGAAUCCUGUAUAUUUUGUAAUUUGAGGUACUUGGCGAUCAAAGCAGAGGAUAAACGUACUGAAAAGACAAUUCCCAUCAAUGCUAUAACCUACUUACUCCAGAGCUCUGCCAGUAAAAAGCUCAGCGUUGGUUUCCCAAGGCAUCAUCCCGAGUAAAAGUGGCGAGGAAGGGUGCUAUAGGCGGCACGACAUUUUGUCACCCAAGGAUAUCAAAUAUGAUUUUGGGUUGAUUAACUCUUUUUGAAGAACGGUGUGGUAUAAGAGAAAAUAAGUAAAGAAAGGCUGCUUCCUGGGUGUUAGUUUUUGGUACGAAAUCAUAUUUUACCCAACAGUUACCGUGUUAAUAUCAUAGAUUGAAAUAAGACCUGUAUUUCUUGUAAAGCUAAUAUAGAAAAAAUUCUCCUAAAAAAAUAUACACUUGUGUUUGUAUUGGUUUAAAUGGAACCUCUGUUUUGCAAUGUCGUUGGGAAGGUCAAAUUCCUUACAUAGGGUUCGUAUAUAGUAAAUUAGAAAUCAGGACCAUCUGAUGAUCCCUCUCUGGUUCCUUUUGUUGUCUCCUCUUGUUCUUUUCUUUUCAUUAUAUAUAGAGAUGAUUUCUUCUUA